AUGUAUGACUCUACAGAGAACUCCACAACACCUGAAGGAUCCACAAACCCCACAACUUAUUCUUAUAGGAUACAUGCAUUUGAAUUGUAUGCGUUCAGCAUCAGUUUCCUGGUUGGUCUUCCUACACACUCCUAUGUUGUAUGGCUCAUCGUCAAAGGAACAGGGAGUGGAGUUGCAUCAGGAUUCUUCAACCUCAAUCUCUCUUUCUGUGAGAUUAGUAGCUGUCUGAAUUCUUUGUUCUUUGUAAUUUGCACUGUUUAUCCAUUUCUCACAAAAUUAGCACUGUUUACACAAGGAUUUGGCAUCACUGGUCGUCCUCUGUUUCAGUGUCUGAUGUGUGUUGAGCGUUACCUGGCAGUGGUUCAUCCUGUUACCUUUCUGAAGUUUAAACCCCUCAGAUACAGAGUGAUGUGUUCCACUGUGGCAUGGAUCAUAACUCUUGGAUCCUGUUUGUGCUGCUUGUUGAUUUUAGUUUCAGGCAACAUUAAUGUACAUGCAUGGUUCUUCUCACUGCAGUUCAUACUCUUCUUCUCCAUUCAGUUGUUUUGCCUUUCAGCUGUUCUCAGAGUUCUGAAGCAGUCAGGACCAGGAGAGAGAGUGAGAGAAAGAGAGGAGGAAAACCACAUGAAGAGAAGAGCGUUUCAUCUCAUUCUAAUAACUACUCUGAAUAUAGUAAUCAUAUAUGUUCCAAUUACUAUCUCAGGAUUCUUUACCAUCAUGACAAAACAAUACAUUCCAGCCAUCUGGUUUCCUGCUUUGAUUUGUUUUUUGCUGGCUGGUUUUGUACAGCCUGUUCUUUAUCUGCACCGUGCCGGAAAACUCUCCUGUCUCUGUUCCUGA